UUUUUUCUUGGCAGCCAUUGCUGUACAAUUUUUUGUUAGUUCCGUACAUAAACCGAAAUUGUUCGUUUGGAAGUGGUUCCAGUCAUAAUUAGUCGCUGUUAUCAAUUAAGCAAAUUGGACUGCCGUAAUGUGAACCGUACUGCGGCUUCCAGAAUGUACACACAUUGACAACAUUUUUUUUUCGGGUCCCUUCAUCUUCAAAAAGUUGUAUUCUCGUUCAUUAGUGAAAUUUCAUUGUGCUUUUCCCAGAACACCAUCUAUUGAUCAUGUCCGUGCACUACAAAUUCAAGUCCACCAAGGAUUUCGACACGGUGUCCUUCGAUGGACUUCACAUUUCCGUUGCUGAUCUCAAGAAGGCAAUAUUUCAUCAGAAACGACUUGGUAAAAACACGGAUUUCGAUCUACAAAUAACCAAUGCACAAACUAAAGAAGAUUACACAGAUGAUAAUGCCCUGAUAGCGAAAAACACGAGCUUGAUAAUAGCUCGAAUUCCCCUAACAGUUCAACAAAAAAGGUCGUGGGAUCGCAAUGAGCCCCAGUCCUUCUCAAACCCCAAAGAUGAAUCUGGCAUGGGGCACACAGUGGACCUCACCAGAUUGGAUGGAUCCGAGGAGGAUAAGAUCCGUGCCAUGAUGACCCAAUCCACUCAAGACUAUGAUCCCUCGAAUUACAUGAAAAUUCGCGGUGCCAAUCAGACUGGUGAAGUCCCGCCAAACUACAGAUGCUACAAGUGUCAUCAACCAGGGCAUUGGAUCAAGAAUUGUCCGUUGGGUGCGACCCAAGAACCUAUCGAGAUCAAGAAGAGCACAGGAAUACCCAGGAGUUUUAUGGUGCCUGUGGAGGGGCCAUUGGUGCCUGGUGCCAUGAUGACCCCCACUGGACAUUAUGCGGUUCCGGCUAUUGAUCAUCAAGCUUACAAAGAGGGAAAGAAGGAGAGACCCCCGUUUUUUCAAGAUCCUGAGCCAGCCGCUGAAAAACCUGAGAUUCCAGAGGAUUUGAUCUGCAGUAUUUGCAAGGAUUUGUUGACCGAUGCUGUCAUGGUUCCAUGCUGUGGCAAUUCUUACUGUGAUGAGUGUAUUCGAUCAUCCCUCCUAGAAUCUGAAGAACACGAAUGUCCAGGUUGCAAUGAGAAAGACGUGUCUCCCGAGACUCUCAUUCCAAAUCGUUAUCUUCGUGGCAACGUCUUGCAAUUCAAUAACAAAACUGGAUAUGCAAAAAAGGCACCGUAUCGACCAGCCGUUAAGCCCCAACCUCCAGUGGUCGAAAAUGAGAAAACUGAAGGGAACCAGGGGGAAUCGUUUCAACUAUUAUCGAAGGUUAACUCCCCCAUUGAGGAUACAUCAGUACCAGGUAUUACAGCUUCAGAUACGAAAGAAUCAACACCUGUGCCAGAAAUACCCGAGCAUUUUGCGCCACCAGUUGCUGAUGAAGAGUCUGAAGUAAUUCCACCACCCCCACCUGGCACUGAGCCAUUGCUACCAAUCCCAUCAGUGCAUAAAUCGCCUCCGAAAGAGAGUGAUUCCACAGAGGCUCACAUUACUGACAGGAGGGACCACGAUGAUGGCUAUGGAGGUGAUUAUGGAGGUGAUUACGAUGAUUAUGAAAAAGAUCGAAGAUCCAGGGAGCGUCACAGGAGUUACAGUAAAGAGGGUCAUCGUGAUAGGACUGGAGAUGGAGGUAGACGAAUUGAAAAUAUAAGAUCGAUGAAUAGGAGAAGAUCUUUGUCCCCCAGACAGAGACAAGAUUAUCAGGCUCAUGGCUCAUCACUCCCCCAUAUGAUGAAUCAGUCGAAGGGGUAUCAGAAUAUUCCACCUAGUAAUCAACAGAGGUAUCCGAGUAUGCAUUAUGAUUCUCAAUUGAGGAGAUCGACUGAGGAUCGGCCUGGUACACCUACUGUUGAUGAACCCCAUUUGCAUUCACAAUCGGCAGUAAAUCAAGCCCCCUUGCUGCCAUAUCCCCCUGGUGAAGAAUGUAUACCACCUCCACCACAGGAGAAUUACAAUCAGCCACCCCCAAGAAUGGCGCCUCACAAUACUCCAUUAUUACCCCAUCCAUGUAUGGGCCACAGAAUGCCCAUGUAUUCUCAUCAGCAGGGGCCACACUACGGCCCACCGAGGGCCAUGGUGUUGUCCCUUGCCAGCAGACCGCCUUGUCAGCAGUCUGGCUACCGAUCCUCUCAACCGCCGAGGAAUUACAAUGGUCCCCCGAGGCCAAUGAGAGGAAUGCAUCAUCGGGGUUACCGAGGGAUGCAACCGCCACCACCUGGACUUGGCCGCAUAAUGCAUAACGGAAAUCAACCUGGUAUUUGUUAUAGAGUUAUAGAUGAUCCGCUGGAGGCAUUUAACCGUAUGCUGCGAGAAAAAGACGAACGAGAUAGAAGGAUGGGUAAACAUCGCAGACGCUCUAGAAGUCGUUCACGAUCACGAAGCUACACGCGGUCACGUUCUCGUUCAUUCAGCCGACGUUCACCGCCUCCAUCGCGCAUUAGUAGGUCUAGAAGUCCUCCGCUCAAGAGAAGAUCAUCGAGAUCUCCACCAUCUCGUCGGAGCAGGACACCGAAGAGGAGGUCUCGUAGUGGAAGCUUCUCUAUUAGUCGGUCAAGAUCAUACUCUCGCAGCCAGUCCCCAAGAGGUUCGAUCCCUAGGGAUCGAGAGAGGGAGAGGGACAGAGAACGUGAAAGGGACCGGGAUUUACCUGCACGCUACAGGUCACCCGUCAGAUCACCUCCAAGAUUCCAAAGAGAUCGUGAACGCGACCGAGAUCGCGGCAGAUCUCGCGAGCCUCCCCGAGACUCUCGUGAGCAAUACACCAGUUAUUACAACGAUUCACCAGCAAAUGAGUAUGGUUUUCGUGAGCGUGAACGUGACAUAUCAAAUCGUGAAAGAGGACCACGUUAUCUACCACGGAAUCAAACGACUCCCCACAAUAUACCACCAUUGCUAUCGCACGCAAUACCACCAAUGUCAAUGGGUACACCACAACAACCGGAAAGGAAAGACUAUUAUGAUUCCUACAACAGCAGGUAUGGGGGACAAACUCAGAGAUUCAACAGUCCUGCGCGUGAUCACAAGCGUUCUGAUGAUGUUGCUCCACCGGGGACAGAGGGAUAUUAUGAUUUACCACCACCAGGAGCUGAUCAUCCGGAGACAUCGAGGGAUGAUCGUGAUAGAUCACGUGGAAUCAAGGAUGUUGAGGAACAUGGGAAGGAUGGAGAUGGGGAGGAGAGACUACGUGAUGAUAGAAUUCGAGAUCGGGAACGAGACAGAGAGGACAGAGAUCGUCGUCCCUUGGAAAGAGACAGAGAUCGUGAACGUGAACGGGAGAAAGAGGAUCGAGAUAAAUGUACCUUGCGUGAGAAAGACGACAGAAAGGAGAAGGACAGAGAGCGUGAUGACCGAUACUCCAGGGAUCGCCGAGAAGAAGACCGCCAGAUGGAUAGAAGGGAGUACGACACGAGUCGUUACAGAGAUGAUCGAGACCGUCACAGAGGAGAGGAGAAAUUCCGAGGUCGAGAGAAAGAUCGAAAAGAUCGUGACUACGAGAUUGAGAAGGAUCGAGAUCGGUAUGAGAGACAUUCAGCCGAUCACAAGAAAUCUAAGAAGAGCUCUAGUCCCCACCCACCAAAAUCCCGAUCCGAGAACAAGGACUCUUCUCCGGAGAGAAGCAAAAAGAAAGAAAAAGAUCAGGAGGAGAGGCAAGAUGAGAAGAAGAAGGAGAAGAAGAUCAAAGAUAAGAAAAAGAAGAAAGAUAGCGAGGAGAAGGAGAAGAAAAAGAAGAAGAAAAAAGAGAAGAAAACUCUCAGGGAACUUGCAAAAAAUGAACACGCCAAACUUGCUGCGGACUCUGACAAUUUCGCUGUCGAGCCAAAACAAGCAGAUACUCCGUUAGAUCUCAAACCCACUGAGAGCGGCGAAGAACCCAUGGAAUCUGUUGAAACAAAUCUACCACUGGAGUCUUCACUUACAACUGACUUUGACGAUAAAUCCUUGACCAUGAAUCCAGAGCCUCCCGAGUUUCCUGAAAACAAUUCCCUUCACCAGAUAGACUCCGAACUAAGUCAAAAUCCUCCCAAUCCCAAUUUCAAACCAAUUCCAGAGCUAAAGGCAGACCUCAAACCCAUUGAGAGUCUCUACGGUGGAUUAGAUGACACUGAGAUCAAGGCUGUGAUAACAGAGAAGUACACUCUCCUUUCUGAAACUGAGAAAGAAGAUAAGAUCGAUGAUUUAACAGAAUCCUCCCAGCAUCCGGAUGAUAGCACAUGCUCAACUUUGAUAGCCAAAGCAAGUCCUUCACGAGAAGAAAAAUCCCCCAAGCGAGACGAAUUUCUUGCACCAUUACCGGAAUUAUCGAAAUGGGAGCGUGACGAUACGAUUGAAAAAUCCGAUGAAAUUAUUCUAGUAUCACCUCAACCAACGGAAGUUCCCAGUGAUGAAUCAAAAUCAACGAAAGUUGUUACAUCGGAGGUGCUCAAACGCGCUGAGAAUGCGAUAUUCCAGAAAGCCAUUAAUGCUAUUAGGCCGAUUGAAAUAAAAAAGAUAAGCGAAAGUAGAAAAAUACUUUAUCAGAAUCCCGAGCCAAAGAUCGUAGAGCCAGAGGUUAAUCGCGAAAGAAAGAGCGUUAAUGUUACUAUUAAUGUUGGGAGGAAUGAGAGGAAUGUUGAGAUUACCGAGCCUAUUAAAAAGGCAAAAUUAGACAGAUCAAAGUUCAAAAAUGAGUCACACUCACCUACGAGAUUAUCGGCGAAAGAGAGAUUGGGGGAGAAAAUUGACGAUGAUAAGGAAAAGAAGCCGACGGUCAGGCAGUUUAUCGACAAAAGAGAAUUGAUAAAGACCGAGGAUUCAAAUAGAUCGAAAUCGCCAAAGCUCAGGGAGAGAAAAAUAUCACCGUUGUUGGAGAGACGAGUGGAGCCACCAAUUUCUCUGAACAGUGAUCGAAAAGUCUUCUUAGAGGAACGAAAGCACAGGUCUGUACAUUCACGGGAUGGAAGUGGAUGUAGAUCUGAAAAAUUCGAUUUCAGAGAUUCAAAAUCCGACGGAAAACUUGAAUUUAGACAGGGAAGGAAUGACUACCGGUCAGAAUCACGGGGUGAUAAAGAUCGGAGGCUUAGGACGCCUCCUUCUCACAGGAGAGACGACUCAAAGGCGAAUCCCGUGAAACGAAAGUCUGAGGAUUUGGAACCCGAGAAAAAAAGGGAGAAGAAACUUCGGGACGAGAAAAAACGUAAGAAGGAGCACAGGAGUCGUAGCAAGUCUCGUGAACGUAAGCGAAAGAAGGAUAAAAAGCACAAAAAGGAUAAGGACAAAUCGAUGGAGAAGAAGCAGAAACACAGGGAUGAGAAGGCACAGACUAGCGACGAAAAGACUGCCCCAGAGGGUAACCCUGAGGGUGAUUCUCUUGUAAAGAAACAGCGGAAAAAUCCCAGACUUGUUUCUGACCGUAAGCGCUCCAUUCUGGACGAGGCGAGCUUCGAGCCAGAUUACUCAGCAUCAGACUCCGAGUCCGAUGGAGAAGAGAGCAAAACUCUGAAGAAACCGAAGCUUGAGGAAGUCCCAGAGGUAAGUGAGAAAGAUUCUGACGGUAAAAUUGCUAAACGAAGGGUCAAAUCUAGUUCGGACGACGACUCAAGCUCAACGGAGAGCUCCUCCUCGGAGACUGACAGUUCGGAGGACUCUCACAGGAAGCGCAAGAAGAAGCAUAAAAAACAUAGGAAGAGAAAAAUAAAGAAGGAGAGCAGCAGUGACAGUGACAGUUACUCAGACUCUUCUGAGUCGAGCUCGGAGGAGGAGAGGCACAAGAAAAAAUCCAAGAAAUCGAAGAGCAAGAGCAAACAAUCCAAGAAGAAGAAGAAAUCCAAACACAAAUGACGUCAUUAAUAUCAACGCAUUGGUGCGUUGAAGUCCGGUAUGAUUGAUAAAUUUUUAAUGAAUCUUACUCGACUCGGUUUCCAAUGAAUGAUGACAGGCUGACCACUCGAGGGAGUUUGAAUGCUAGUGGUCUAAUGUGUAAUUUAAUAACUUACUUUUUCCAAGGAAACAUUUUUGACUUUAUUUAAAUUAUUCUUACUCUUUUGUGAACUGAACAUUGAGUCGUGAGUGGAUGCUGUGCAAAUACAUCGGUUUGAUUGUUGCAUAUAAGUUGAACAUAAUUAUAAUAAAUAAAGUGAGUAAAAAUCCAAUAGAGUCGAUAUUAUUAUAAUUAUAUUGUACUUUCAUAAUGUUCUGCCGAUAUUAUAAAGAGAAAAUAAACAGAGUAGUUCUUUAAAAAAUAAA